CAAUAGGCUGUAUCUGUAUAUAUACAAAGUACAAAACUCAUGAGUAGCUCAUCUCCACAAACCAACCCCAAAAUAAAAAAAAAAACAAAACAAAAAAGAACGAUAAAAACGAUGAAUUCAGCUCCGACAACUCCUCCGGCACCGCCACCGAACUUUUGGGGAGACAUGCCGGAGGAAGAGUACUACACAUCACAAGGGGUACGUAACACCAAAUCCUACUUCGAAACACCCAACGGCAAGCUCUUCACUCAGAGCUUUUUACCGUUGGAUGGUAAGAUCAAAGGGACGGUGUAUAUGUCUCACGGCUACGGAUCCGAUACGGGCUGGAUGUUCCAGAAGAUAUGCAUGCGUUUUUGUAGUUGGGGUUACGCUGCUUUCGCCGCAGAUAUUCUUGGUCAUGGCCGUUCUGAUGGCAUCCGCUGCUACAUGGGUGAUAUGGAUAAAGUUGCAGGAGCAUCAUUGGCUUUCUUUAAGCAUGUUCGUUGUAGUGAUCCGUAUAAGGAUCUUCCGGCUUUUCUCUUUGGUGAGUCUAUGGGAGGUCUUGUGACAAUUCUCAUGUAUUUUCAGUCGGAGCCUGGUACUUGGACCGGUUUGAUCUUUUCGGCUCCUCUCUUUGUUAUCCCGGAGGAUAUGAAACCAAGCAAGCCUCACCUCUUCGCUUACAGUCUCCUCUUUGGGUUGGCUGAUACGUGGGCCGCAAUGCCCGAUAAGAAAAUGGUUGGAAUGUCUGUCAAGGACCCCGAAAAGCUUAAGAUCAUCGCAGCUAACCCGCGAAGAUACACAGGGCCGCCUAGGGUGGGAACAAUGAGAGAGUUACUGAGGAAGACCGAGUACGUUCAGGAGAAUUUCGGGCGAGUAACGAUUCCGGUGUUUACGGCACACGGGACAUCGGAUGGAGUAACAUGUCCUACAUCUUCGAAGCUACUAUACGAAAAGGCAUCGAGCGCUGAUAAAACAUUGAAGAUCUAUGAAGGGAUGUACCAUUCGCUGAUUCAAGGAGAGACGGACGAGAACGCUGAGAUUGUGCUGAAGGAUAUGAGAGAAUGGAUUGAUGAAAGGGUUAAGAGGUAUGGUUUAAAAACCGCUUGAACAAACCGUUUCAUUAUUGUGUUACAAGAACAUGAAAGAUAAAUAUGUAUAUUGAUGUUAUGAUCCCAUAUCGUCGAUCCGACUGGUUUUGUUGUCUUUUGUUGUAAUCCAAGUUCAAGAAGCAUGACUAUUGUGAUGUGAUAACUUAUCUAUAUCAUGGAUUAUAUAAAUCUUAUCUAUGCCA